UUCAAUUAUGUAGGCUAAUUCGUAUUUGGACUGUUUGUGUUAAUCCUAGAAUAAAUUUUGGCAAAUGGCAAAUUGAACAGCAUUGUUAUCUAUGUGUAACACGAUAUAAUCCCAAGUGAUUCAUUUUUAUGGACUGAGUGUUGUAAGCAGUACCUACCAGGCAGUCUUAGCAUUACUGUGUUAACAUUAAGCCACAUUUGACGUAUUGCCACAACCAAUUAUUAAGCUUAUUAGCACGUUAAUUCUUAUGUAAAUACAAACAUCAUUCUGCAUUCGCCAGCUAACCAUGUACAAACUGUGGAAAAUCAUCACAACAAAAUGGUCAACCAAACGCGCGGGCUAUGACUUAGGCCAUGCAAUAAAAAUGGAAGUAGUUAACAUAGGCGAAGGCCGGUAUGAACAGAGUGAAAAUGUACCGGGAAGCAGCUUUGACAGCGACGCCUCCAGCAGCGCGUUUGAGAGCAACGACAGUGAUCACUGUAGUGAAGACUUGGACAAAACAUCAGAAGAUGGUGACCUGAAAGAAGAUCUGCAAAAGACAAUACCAGAAUGCUAUAAAUCUGAUUCAAACUUUUCAUCACAUACCACAAGCAUCACAAACGAUGAAGAAUUUCAGGCGACGGCUCUGUGCCAAUUUAUGGAUAUUUUGAAUGAUUUAGACGAAGUUUUAGAUAAAUCUUUACUUGCGUGCCUUGAUGAUGGCACAAAAAACUUCGAUAGUGAUGAAGAAGAUCUCAUUUGUAAGAUUAAGGAAUGCAUUGGCGAAGGUCAUGGGGAAUCUGACCAUUCAGAAGCCCCUAGUUCUCUCGACGACAAUACUCAAGUAAUAACAUGCUCCAAUGUACAACCGUCAGCACCACCAAUAGAAGAAAUGGACAUCACAAGCAGUAUAUCGGAAAGAUCGAAUCUCACAAGUCUUGGUCGUUCGAAAAGUUUUUCAGAACUGACUGACAACGAUCGGCAGGCUUUAGUUUCAUCAUUAGAGAGAGCAAGCACGACAGCCGACACCUUACGUAAUUCAAUGAGGAGAUUAGACCCUAUUGUUCUGCCGGCGAUAACAGCUGAGGCGUCGUGCGAGCCUCUAACAUUGCCAGUGAUACUUUUCCUGGAGCACAAUAUUAACAUGCGUCCGACGAGCGCUCCUAUACAGUUGCAAGUGACGGCGGCAAAUCUCAGUAGUGACGGUGCUUCAGGUCCUUUGAUUGUGGGGCGUCGUGCCUUGUUAAUGAAUCGUACCCUUUCACUUCCUUCGCCUGGGGAGAGUGACGUUACUACUGGAGACUGGACUGGACGGAAUACAGCAAGGAGUACGGCAAGGAGCACGAGUGCAUCCAGCUCGUCCACUGAAUCACUGAAUGUUGCUCCCAUAACGCAAAAUGUUACAAGUGCCACUGAGGAGAGAAUUGAAGAGACUGAAGAACCUCCUUUUGGAGUUUGGCCACAUCGUAUGAGUGCCAUGUUGGCGUGCCUCAGUUGUACCGUGGGAAUAUUUAAUAUAUCUAGAUUUGCCAUAUUCAGUGUUCAUUUUGGAGCAAGCUUCAUAAUACAGUUUUUUAUACUGUCAUUUUUAAUUGGUAUACCGUUAUUCACUUUGCAUUUAUGUUUGGGCCAAGUGCUGGAGUCUGGCCCGGUGGACAUGUGGCGUAUAUCACCAAUAUUCCAAGGCGUAGGUGUUUCUCUACUCAUUACUCAAGCUGUGAUUGGCAUGUACAGUAUAAUAGGCCUGUCUUGGAUAUUUGUUUACUUCAGAGACUCUUUCAUAACAUCUAACGACAAGUACAAAUGGGCAUUACCACAGGAAUUCAACUUUGAAGACGCCGCAAAGAAUGGUACUUAUAAAAUACAGGAGACACUGCCGCAGUAUUUUCACGAGGAAGUUUUACAAAGGAAUUUGGGGUCCAAUACUUCAUAUUUUGGCACAAUAAAGUUUCAAGUAGCAUUCAAUUUAGCUGUAGUGUGGAUGAUAGUUUUCGUCGCACUUAGUAAAGGAUUGAGGUCUUAUGGCAAGGCCGUAUACAUGCUGAUAUUCCUACCGAUCUGCGGUACUUUGGUGCUGUGUACGAAAUUGCUCACAUUGAUCCCAUACGACACUGUUAUCAAUAUAUUCGCUGAGACUGAAUGGAGCGAGUUCUUUAUUAAUAGUAAUAGUUGGGCAGCCGCUGCGCAGGAAACAUUCCUAACUUGGGGCCUUCUUGGUGCCUGUAUCAUGCAACUGACAUCACAUAAAAACGCUAAAAACAAAACUAAUGUAAUGCUACAGAAGGAAAGUGCGUGUAUAGUGGCAUUUACCUUCGCCGUACUGUUGCUGGGGUCGUUCUUAGCCAACACUUGCGUGCAAAUAUUGAAGAAUUAUGGAUACGUUUAUAUACCGGGCAGUUUCGAGACGGUAAAAACAACACAAUUCUUAUGGCCCAUCUCUGAGCCCAUGCCGGGUAACGUGGUGUCCACACCAGUUCGUUACAUGGGCCACUACGGAAGCCUAGUGGGAGUUACAGUAUGGAAGACUGGCAACAUUGCUCGCGUUCUCAGCGGGUGGCAACCCUUACAGCUAGCAACACAGAUCGUGCCGGCCACUCUCGCUGUGCUACCUGCUAAUUUGCUAUCUCCAGCAUGGGCCGUGAUAUUCUACUUCAUCAUUAUAAUGUUUGGCAUCGCGCAACAACUGGCGAUAUGGCACUGCGUCAUCACCGGCAUCAUGGCGAUCAAUGCAGAAGCUCUGAAAGUAUGGGAGACUACUAUCACGUUUCUAAGCUGCGUCUUUGGACUGGCUAUGGGAUUGCUGCUAAGUACUGAUGCUGGCAUCCGUAUAGUCCACUUCAUAGACUACGUAUGGGUUGGUUCGUGGUGGCAAUGCAUAGUGCAAGUGUCUUUGGCGUGUGGCGUGUUCGUGGUACGAGGGCGACCUUACUCACCCGAUGUGGUCGUGGCCGCGUUAUACUCUUCUCGAAGUAGACUUUCUGCUACAUUGGCUGCCCUACUCAGCUUUACUUGGACUGUCGUACUACCUGUGUUGUUAUGUGCAAUUUGUGUGAUGGAUUUCCGAGUGGGACAGCAGAAACAAAUGUACAGUUGGAGGAAACCAGCUGGUUAUUGGCCAGUAUGGUGUCGUCAAGUGGCAGUGUUUCUACAACAAGGAGCUUUAUUACUGGUGCCUAUUGCUGCUUUCAUACAAACCUGGCGUUACAUGAACAAAGGACCACCUGAUAUACUAGAUCGUAUCCAAAACUUAUAUCGUCCACGUAUGGGAGUGUCACAAGAACCUGGUUUGGGGCGCGCAAUUCCUUUAGCAACUGCAUCUGCGCCUGCGCCGCCGGACCCGCCCCCUAAGUACACACCACCGCCUUCAUACUCUACUGCUACGGGAGCACGACUGUUGAAUACUAUACGGCGCAGCUUUAGAACUCUAAGAAGAAUCACAACAGCACGCACGGAACAAUCGCCCGCAGAAGACACUACGCAGCUACCAAUCACACUCAGCGAAACUGUAGAACGUGAUGCUCUCGUCUCCCUAGAGACCCAGCCUCCAGAUUACAGCGGAGUAUUUACAACACCCUCUAUAACCAUCACAGAUGAAACCGACUCUAGAGUCACUCGACCAAGAUCAUCAACAUCUAGAACUUCUCUAUCCCUUACAAGAGACUAUCUUCGAAGGUCAUUUGUUCGUAAAAGCGAUUCAGCGAAGAGCAUCCGUUCUAGUUUGCGGAGAAGCUUCAAGUAUGGAGGUGCCUUAACUAGUAGUCACGAACAAUUGGUUCGUGGCGCCGAGCCAAUGUCCAGUACUGUGGCAAUGUCGGCCGUCAGUUCUUCACACGACUCUCACAGCCGCGCCUCCGUCAUAUGAAUUUUAAACCCUUAAUCCGCCUUAUAUCAGGCAUUGCGAAUGUUUUAUAUUUUUUCGCCUGAACCCGUUACAAUGUAUUUUUAAGCGAUCGUAAUGUAUAGAGGAACGUUUCAAUAAUACUUAGUACUUACAUAUACCGACGUCUGUAGCAAGUUCUUAAAGAUUUUAGUGUAAUCCAUAGAAAGGUUGUAAAAUAGUACAGACUGUAAUAUCCGUUACUUAUUACCUAUCUGAAUAACCAAUGCGUAAUGGACCCGAUUCAGUUUUAUUUUUAUUAUAUAUUUUUUCGACUAUACGUCGUAUAUUGUUAAUAAUUCGUAAUUAGUUGUAAGGUAUAGAAAACGUAAUAAUUGUUAGUACUUAAUCGACGCUAACAUAAUAAGUAGUCAUAAUGAAGAGGAAUCUCAGUUACUUCACUAUUUUUUUAAAACAUUGUUAAUCCUUUAUUUUGUGUAAGCACAAUAAAUGAGCCAUUUAGCUAGAUGUAUAAGUAUAGCAUAAGUGUACUUACAUUGUAUACUUAAUCGAUAAUAACCUCAGAGCUUAGAAAAAAAUGUGUUUAACAUUUGGAAAAUGUGAAAACGAUUGUUAACAAUUAUUUUUAAUGGAAAAUGUGAAUCAAUCAGACUAGAAAUGUGUUCUCGUUAAAUUAUUAUGAGCGUGUUUUUCUAAAUUAUGAGAAUGUGCUGUUGGCAAUGAAUGCAGUUUAGUGUUAAAAUUAUUUAAUAGUGUGAUAAUUUGUAAAGAGCGAUACCCGUCGCGUUUUGAGUAUAUUUAAACAUGUGUGAAAGAAAACCCCAUUUUAAUAUAGAAUAGAAUCUCUAUUUUAAAAUCGAUACAUAAAUAUCGAAAGGUUGCAAUUUUUUGAUAUUCCAUUUUGUGCAUAAGGAAACGUUACGUAAACAAUACUAGUAAUGUAAUAACUAUUAAAAAAGUUUGUUGAUAAUAAUAACUGUAAUUGUUGGUAAAAAUCCCUUAGAUAUAAUCGAUUCACAUUUGGAAUCGAUAGCUAAGAUAACGACGACCAUAUCGCGUCGCAGCAAUAAGCAAACAAAAAAAAAACAGUGAAUAAUGUUAAAUGUGUCAAGUACUCAAGUACAAUGAAUUUAGUUCAGUAAGCGAACCAGUUGUUCGAUAGAUAUAGGCGUAUUAACGGCGGCUUAUUAGUUCCUUUCUUGCAUUUAUGUAAAACCGGCUACUCACUAUAAAAUUUAAAUUAUUUUUGCAGCUCUAAAAAGUUGUUUUGUUAUAUACUUUUUGGCUGAUUUGGAUUACAACUUUCUCAGUUUGUAUGAGUCAUAAAGAAACGUUCGCAAGUAAAACUUGCCACAUCACAUCAGAAUAUAGUUUGAAUCUGAGGAUGUAAAUAUACAUUCAUACAGUUAGACUGAAAUCAGCAUGUUAAGUUUAAAAAUAUUAAUGAAACAUUAAAAUUAAAUCUAAGCAUUUAUUUUGCAUAGUGUAUCCACGUAGUGUAUCUAUCAAAACUCGAAAGGAAAAUCACAAUUAAUAAUAACUAUAUUUUAAAAUGUACAAGUUUUAUUUUUAAAAAUCAAAUAUUAUUUUACGUUUAGAACAACUCAAAAUUGAUAUCAGUCGAGAUGAGAUCUCAAUGUGUUGUGAAAUGACGCUAUUUUAAUCAGUAUUAAGUUGGUUGUACUUGCAAUAUAAGUAGUGUGUAGCUGGCUCAGUGCAUUUGUGUUCUUCUAAAUUCUUAUUUUUAGUUCUAGUCACCAAUGCUUCCACCUUCUUAGUUUAAAACUUUUGGUAUAACAUCACAUUUUACUAUAAUAGCAUUCUAUUUAUAAUUAAAGCACGUUUUUAUAGCACACCUUUAUAAUUUUACCAUUUUAUUUUGAUUUUGCGCGUUCUCUUACAUUCCACAUUGUUGCAAUGUUUUUAAAUUAGAUAAUAAACAUUUUUACACUACCAUGAA